UCCACUGCGGCUCCCACACUGUAUGUGUCUAAUGGACAGCAGAGGAUCACUUACUUAACAUCCACGUAACACGACAGACAGCAGAAUAAUGUUCCACAGGUUAGAUCCCAUUUAAACUCAUGGGAGAAACACCUGAAGUUGAAGACAGAGGUCUGGCCUUGCUCUGUUGGAGGUGAAGUAGUAAACAUGGCAGAGGAGGACGCUUCACCUUUGCAGCAUUUCGUGGUGGCGAAGAGGACGAUCAGCACCGUGUUUGACCAGCUGCUGGAGUUUGUUAAAGAGGGAUCAGAGUUUGUGGAGGAGACAUGGAGGAGUGUGGAUCUGGAGCAUGUGGCGGAGGAGGAGCAGUGCGCGCAGAUCCAGGCCUUCUCCAGGAAACUGGCGGCUAUUAAAGAGGUCCUGGCCCGCAGACACAUGAAGGUGGCCUUCUUCGGCAGGACGAGUAAUGGGAAGAGUACAGUAAUUAAUGCCAUGCUGAGGGAACGUGUGCUGCCCAGUGGGAUUGGCCACACCACCAACUGCUUCAUCAGCGUAGAGGGAACGGAUGGAGAACACGCCUACCUCACAACCGAGGACUCAGAGGAGAGGAAAAGUAUAAAGACAGUUAAUCAGCUGGCUCAUGCUCUGCACAUGGACAGAAAUCUGGACUCUGGCUGUUUAGUGCGAGUUUUCUGGCCCAAGACCAAAUGUGCCCUGCUGAGGGACGACCUGGUGUUGAUGGACAGUCCAGGUACUGAUGUCACCUCUGAGCUGGACAGCUGGAUCGAUAAGUUCUGCCUGGACGCUGAUGUUUUUGUCCUGGUGGCCAACUCGGAGUCCACACUCAUGAACACGGAAAAACAUUUUUUCCACAAAGUCAGCGAGCGCAUUUCAAAGCCCAACAUUUUCAUCCUGAACAACCGCUGGGACGUGUCUGAGGUUGAGCCCGAGUAUCUGGACGAUGUGCGAAAGCAGCACAUGGACCGCUGUGUCAGUUUCUUGGUUGACGAGCUGAAGGUGGUGGCUCCUGACCAGGCGUCUAACCGCAUUUUCUUCAUAUCUGCCAAGGAGGCUCUGAGUGCCAGGAUCCACCGGGCCCAGGGUAUGCCAGAGACUGGUGGUGCUUUGGCUGAAGGAUUCCAGGAGAGACUGCAAGAGUUCCAAAGCUUCGAGAGAACAUUUGAGGAGUUUAUCUCCCACUCAUCCGUGAAGACCAAGUUUGAGCAGCACACAAUCCGAGCCUGGCAAAUCACAGAGUCAGUCAAGGCCAUCAUGGACGCCAUCAAUAUCGCCUCCGCAGAAAAGAAGGUUCUGUCUCUGGAGGAGCGAGAGGCUCUCAUGGACCGCCUGGAGUUUGUGCGCAAUCAGCUUAACUUUCUGACUGAGGAAACCAAAGACAAGAUAAAGGUCAUUGCAGAUGACGUCUCCUCCAAGGUAGCCAGUGCCAUGGCAGAGGAGAUUCAUCUCUUGUCUGUGAUAGUGGAUGAAUUCUGCUCAGAUUUUAGCCCUGCAGCUAAUGCCUUGGUUCUGUACAAAACUAAACUGAUUGUGUAUGUGGAGGAGAGGAUGGUGAGGAACUUGGCUCUUCGCUGCUCCAGCAGCAUUGGUGGCUGUGUACUUUCAUCUCAGAGGGACUUUAUAGACACCAUCAGUCCUCUGCUGCCCCCUGCUGCCCGAAGCCACCUGCACAUGCAUGUUCCGAGCAGGAAGUUUGAGAUGGCCUAUGAGCUGAACUUCAAGGCUCUCUGUGCAGAUUUCCAGGAGGACAUUGAGUUUCAGUUCUCCCUAGGGUGGACGGCCCUGGUCAACCGUUUCCUGGGACCAGCUAACGCGAGGCAAGCCCUCAACAUCCUGGACAAGAACUUGAAGGCCUCGUCUCACUCUGCUCCCAUGAGAAGCGAGGCCCAGGACGAGCUUGCCGUCUCCAUGGCAACCGGACUGGCCUCGCUCACAUCUCGGGCCUCCAUGAGCAUGCUGGUCAUUGGUGGAGUGGUAUGGCGUUCUGUGGGAUGGAGGAUCAUUAUGUUUUCUGUAAGUCUUUACGCCGUGCUCUACAUCUAUGAGAAGCUGACCUGGACCAACAGCUCCAGAGAGAAGGCCCUGAAGCAGCAGUUUGUGGAGUUCACCACCCAGAGGCUGCAGGCCAUCUCCCACAUCACCAGCAGCAACUGCGGCCUGCAGGUCCAACAGGAGCUGGUGGGCGUCUUUUCUCGCAUGUGCCAGCAGGUGGAUAAGAGUGAAAUGGAGCUGGAGACAGAGAUCCGUAAAAUCAACGCCAAGUUCCAGCGGCUGGAAAGCGUCCAGAGACACUCCAAAACUCUCAGGUACAAGGCCACAGAUUUGGAGUCUCAAUUGGAGUCUUUCUCAGCACAAUAUCUAAACACUCAACAGUGAGGCCCAAUCCCAUUUCACCCCUCGCCCCUACCACUGUGCCCCACCCCUCCGUUUGACUCGUUCACGUCUAGGGGUAGGGUGUCCUGAUUUUAGAUGAGAUAGAGGGGUAAGGCAGUGUUAGGGCUACAUGGACCUGCACACAGAGGUUUUUCAGAGACUCAGUCCAAACAACCGGCAAGUUGGCUGCACAAGAGCCCAAAUAAUUUUGUCAGUUAAGAAUUAUAAAAAUUGUAUUAUCUUAGUUUAAUGUCGUUUCAGUGUAUUAUGGUUUUUCAUGAAAAGCUUGCUGAUGUCUUGGUAACUAGCUUGUUAAUUUUCCGUUCCGCUUUAAAAGCUGGUGGAGCGGAAGGUGAAACGGGAAAAUUCAAACGAAUAGCUGACUUCAGUUUUGUAUCACUGAAGAAUUAGCGGUGGGCGAUAAUUGUAAGUCUUAUACCCCUCUUUGAAGGUGUAUGAUGCCCUAAGUGUAACUAAAGCCCAGCAGUGAGGAGCUGAACUUUCCCCUCCUC